AUGGGCGGCAUCCCAGUGGAGCAAUUUAGCUACCGCAGCAGGACAAAUGAACUGCAGGUGAUCGAAAGAGCAGCUUUUCAUAUCCAGCGCUGCCACCGAUGCGCGGAGCCCAUUCAGACCUUCAGCCCUGCUGCUGCCCCCCUCUCCUGCCCGCAGCAUCCUCCCCCCACCACAGAAAGCACCUGGGUUCCAACUCUGUGUGACAAGCGGCCCCGAUGCCUCCCCUGUUUCUUGCAAGAGAAUAUCCACGAUGAGAAAGAAGCCAGAAUGCUGGAGGAAAGCACCUUCUCCUCCAACCGCAGCAGCUUCUACCCAGAGUCGUUCAUCCUGAUGGGCAUCCCGGGGAUGGAGGAAUAUCACACCUGGGUGGCCGUCCCCUUCUGCCUGAUGUACCUCCUGGCCCUCCUGGGCAACAUCUCCCUGCUGUUCCUCAUUUCGAGCGAGCGCAGCCUCCGCCAGCCCAUGUAUCUCUUCCUGGCCAUGCUGGCGGUGGCAGACUUGGCCCUGUCCUCCUCCACCGUCCCCAAAACACUCUGCGUCCUUCUCACAGAUUCCAAGGAGAUCUCCUUCGCUGCCUGCCUCGCCCAGAUGUUCUUCACCCACGUCAGCUUCAUCGCAGAAUCCACCGUCCUGCUGGCCAUGGCCUUUGACCGGUACGUGGCCAUCUGCAAGCCCCUGCGGUACGCAGCCACCCUCACGCAGGCAGUGAUUGCAAAGAUUGGCCUGGCUGCUCUGGAGGAGUUUGUGUGUGAUGCUCCCACCCUCUUCCUCCUCCGGAGACUCCCCUUCUGUGGGCAGAGGGUGAUGCCCCACUCCUACUGCGAGCACAUGGGCAUCGCCCGGAUGGCCUGUGCCGACAUCGCCAUCAACAUCUGGUACGGGUUCACCACCACCCUCUUGUCUCCGGUCCUCGACCUUCUGCUCAUCUCCGUCUCCUACUCACUUAUCCUCCGGGCUGUCUUCCGGCUCCCGUCGAAGGAGACCCGCCUCAAGACCAUCAGCACCUGCGGCUCCCACCUCUGCGUCAUCCUCCUCUUCUACACGCCGGCCCUCUUCUCCUUCUUUGCGCACCGCUUCGGCCAGGGCAUCCCGCAGCACGUUCUCGUCCUCUUGGCCAACGUCUACCAGCUCCUCCCAGCGAUGCUCAACCCCAUCGUCUACGCGGCCAAGACCAAAGCCAUUCGGGAACGGCUGGCGAGAAAGAUGUGCUGA